AUGCUUUCCAUAGACAUGUUCAUCUGGCGGAAACCUGGAGUUACCCCUAGUAAAGUCCACAGUAACGUUUACUUUGGUGGCGCCGGCAUCAAGAGAGUUCUUGAGGAGACCGACUACGACACCGUUCAGGGAUGUGAUGACGAUGGAAGACGUGAUUUUGCCGACGACAUGGUCCGGGAGCUGCCUGAUGGACAUGGCCAGCUGAAGAUCAUGAUGGAGGAACUGGUUGGUGGCACGGCUAAAGGGGGGCUGGGCGGUCGGGAAAAGGGCUGCCGAACGUGGGACUGA